UGAUGACUGGAGAGGCCGCGGCCGGGCUGGGUGAGCGUGGAUGCCCGCGGCCCCGCUGCAGAGAUUUUUGCUGUGAGAAUUACCAGUAACAGUUCAGUAUGGGAGAUAUUCUGGCUCAUGAAUCUGAAUUACUUGGACUAGUGAAAGAGUACUUAGAUUUUGCUGAAUUUGAAGACACCUUGAAAACAUUUUCAAAGGAAUGCAAAAUAAAAGGAAAGCCAUUAUGUAAAACAACAGGUGGAUCUUUAAGAGACUCCAAAUCAUUGAUAAUUCAGAAGGAUCUCCUCGCUGCGUUUGACAAUGGAGAUCAGAAGGUGUUCUUCGAUCUGUGGGAGGAGCACAUUCCCAGUUCCAUCCGAGACAGUGACUCACAUGCUCAGAAGCUGGAAUUCUAUCUUCACAUUCAUUUUGCCAUCUAUCUUCUGAAACACUCUGUAGGGAGACCGGACAAAGAGGACCUGGAUGAAAGGAUUUGUUAUUUCAAAACCUACCUGGAGACCAAAGGGGCAGUGUUGAGCCAGACCACAGAGUUUCUUCCUUUCUACGCUCUUCCUUUUGUUCCCAACCCUAUGGUACACCCGUCAUUUAAAGAACUUUUCCAGGAUUCCUGGGCUCCAGAGUUAAAGUUGAAGUUGGAAAAGUUUCUAGCUUUAAUUUUUAAUGCCAGUAACACUCCAAAGCUUUUGACAAUAUAUAAGGAGAAUGGACAAAGUAACAAAGAUGCCCUGACGUCCUCUUUGCAGAUCACUCCCGAGUACCUGCAGAGCGUCUGUGUCCGCCUCUUCAGUAACCAGAUGCGGCAGAGCCUGGCACACAGCGUGGACUUCACGAGGCCUGGGACG